GUAGCAAGAGUUGGGUGCAGAAGUCAUUGUCUUGCCCGUUUCCUGGUCACAAACCGUCGUCGUUUUCAUUCUAUGCCUAAUUUCCUUUCGUUUCAGUCACCAUAUACCACAGUCCUUUUAAUUUCGUCGCAAAAUCUGAACCUUUUAACUGUCUCCUUCGCCAUUGCUCCUAAAUUACUUGACUAAGGGACUAAUUGAUUUCAUUUACUUGUAAAAAGGGUAAAGCAAGGAGCCAGAGUCCCAGAAUCCAUGGAAACGCAGUAUGAAAAACUCGAGAGAGAAGACUCUAUUACCGACAGUUCCUCAGAAGAUGAGGAGCAGGAGAUAGAGAAGGAGUUAGCAGAUGUAACGUUUGAGGAAUUGCAGAAAGCACGCUCGAAUGGGGCACAUGCUUUUAUUCAGAAACCCAAAGAAGACAAAAAGUUAAAAAGGGCUAACAAGAAUAGGCCGAUGGAGGCCAGUAGCAAGAAGCCAGUUUCUGCUUUUAGAGAGGUCAUCCAAGCUCCAAAGAAGGUUGUACGUGAUCCAAGAUUUGAAUCUCUUUGUGGUACACUUGACCCUGAAGGGUUUAAGAAGAGGUAUAAUUUCUUAUAUGAAAACGAUCUUCCUGCUGAAAGACAGGCUCUGAAGAAGGAACUGAAAAAAUAUAAAGAUCUGAAGCGCAUAAGUGAAAUAGAAGAACGUAUAUCAUGGGUUGAUAAACAAAUGAAGUCGGAUUCAACGAAGAAUAUUGAUACAUCAAUAUUGACGAAUCAUAAAAAGAAAGAGAGAGAAGCAGCAAAGCAGGGGAAACGUCCUUUUUAUCUAAAGAAAUCUGAAAUACGGAAACAAAGGCUAAUUGAGAAAUAUAAUCAGCUCAAGUCAUCUGGCAAACUUGAAGCAUUUGUUGAGAAAAGGAGGAGAAGGAAUGCUGCUAAGGACCACAGAUACAUGCCGUAUCGUAGAUCUGGUGAUGCCGAAUAAAUUUUGUAGCUUCUUAAGCUAUAAUUAUAUACUAGAAUAUAGCACCAAAAAGAAAAGUAAUAUAUGUUUCUGGCUGCCAGCUUUGGGGAUUGAAUAUUGACGUUUGUUGAUGGCAUCAUGGCAUUUGUUUUGUGACUCUUGAAGAUUUACUAAUCAUCAGGGAAUGAAUUGUUGGCACUUGGCUACUAGGAAGUCUUUUGAGUCUGUGUUAUGUACUUGUAGGAGGGAUGUCUUUUCCAUUAUCAUUGGGUUACUUGUUUUAGGAACCGUUUGUUUAAGAUUUUCUCAGAAAGAAAAUCUGAAUAUGAAAAAAGGCUUUCUUAUUUCUCUUA